CUCAAUGAAUAGUAAAUUCCUACCAAUGCUGGUCGUCUUGAUCAGUAGCAUCUUAGUGAUAUGUCUAAGCCGAGAGACUGAGGCGGCUGCCGAGGAGAAGUUACCACAAAAUGCUCCACAUGUGCGUCAUAAACGUGGAAUAUUUUGGGAUUUUUUUCAGAAAAUGGUUAUCACUAAGAACCUCAUUGUGGAUCAAUAUACAGAUACAAGAAAUACUUUAAACGACAUCUACAAUACGGUUAAUGAGCAAUUCAGUGAUCCGGCACCAGCCAAGCCAACCAAUCGUCCACGUGUAACAACCGAGAAAGUGGCCAUUAGCGGUGAGGAUAAUAGCAAUAGUAGCGAAGAGCCGACUACGACUGAAGAGUUUAGAAUAUCUCGUUACGAAUUGGGACGGAUAUUCGGUCGCAAUUUCCGGGGUCUACAGCGUCUGGCCAUGAGCGAAUUCCAUGAGGCUCUCAAUGCUACUAAGUACAAUCUCAAGGAGUACAAAGCGGAGGCGGAUCAACAAUUUGCCAACAGUUUGGCUGUGGAAAAGAAAAACAAACUCAAGAGUCUCAAGGGUCGAUGAGCUGAACACCCUGUUUUCCCUUCCAUUUUCCCCGAACUAGUGCCGUGCCUGAUAGUUGUUAGUUUGAUAUGAUAGUCGUCUCUGUGAUAGGCUCAACGAGAUGAGAACAAUGUACCAAAAUGUGCUUGUUUCUAUAUGUAUAUUUUCCUUUUCCCCUUCUCUUCCACUUUUUACAUCCGUGCUCUCACUGCUAUUAUUAUUAUUAUUAUUUUUUUUUUUUUUGAUUUAUAAUGUAAGUGGUUUAACCUGUUUAUCCUUACUCCAUGUACAUACAUAUAUUUAUUUGAAAUAAAAACCUUGACAAGUUUUUCCUAUCUCUCCAAUGGCCCAGCCC